CGAGGGGAGAAGUACUUUUCUCUCUUCUUCCUUUUCUCUUCCCUGCGAUCCGCGCUUCUUCCGGUUUCUCUCCUCCUGCCAUCUCCUUCUCCGUUUCUUCCUGUGUUUUCCCCUCAUUUGUUUUCCUCUCGCUCUUUCGUCUCUCCUUUCUUUUUCUUUUCGCCUUUUUGUCUCCUCUGCUCUUUCUCCCUCGCGUUCGCGAAGAAGAAUUCAGAAACGCACAUCGAACAGACUGUCUCCUCUGUCGGCUGCUUCUCCUUUCUGUCUCGCAUGCUUUUUCUGUUUUCUUUGCCUUUCAGAGGUGUAUCUAGGCCAAACGAAGACUUCAGAGAGAGGCGAAUGGACUUUUCCUCUUCCCAAGCUUCUCCUCGCUUCUUCUAGUCUCUGCUUCUUCCUCUUCUUCGUUUCCUUCUUCUCCCUUCCUCUCGCAUGUUUCUCGUCUCCUGUGAAACUGAAGAAGAGAGAAGAAGAACCAACUUGCAGACGCACUCCCUACAUUUCGGCGUUUCCCUCUCUUUCCUCGUCGUCCUCUGCAUCUGACUGUGUCUGCUUGCCGCCUCUCUUGUUCUCAGAGACGCGGUGAUCUUCACCGCGGUGCUGUCGAUUUGUAAAAGGAGAAAUCUCCUUGAACUUCAUCGAGGUCUCUAGAUUAAGAAAUCGCUUCUUCUUCGUCUGCUUUUUGCUCUCUCUCUCUGUCUGUCUGAGAUUUUCGUCCUGCUUCUCCUCUCUCCCUCUUCUCCUCCUCCUCCGUUUCCUGCGCAUUUCUUGUUCUCUCCUGUGCUUCCGUAUCUCCGUCCGACGACUGCUGUGUGGUUAGAGACAGAAAGCUGGGGGCUCCUUCUCCACACUGCCUCGGCAAAGUCCGUGACUCAGUCCUUCUCCUUAACCAUGUUGCAGACUCGCAGUUCUUCGUUUUCUUCUUCCGGUUUCCCUGCUUCCGGCGUUCGAAACCAUCCUUUCCAGAACGUCCCCGGCACAUCUGAAACUCAGCAUGUUGCCCCCGCGGCUCGGCGAGGAGCAGCGCCUUCCUUCUCUUCUUUUUCUAACGCUUCGCCUCCGCCGCCUCCGAUCCACUCGGCGUUCCUCUCUCAGUCGUCGCAGUUCGGUGCCUUCCCUUCGCCUUCGUCCUUCCUGCCGGGACCAGGCCUGCGUCUGCAAAUUCAACAGGACGUCCGAGUCUCGUCUCUCCCUCCAGAGAAACAUGCAAAUCUCUUCUGUCCAGUCUGCACCCGACCUUCCGUCCAGAGAUGUCGCACUGUGCCUUGUCGCCACUUGUCUUGUGGCUCAUGCGCAGAAGAGAUGCGGACGGCAGGCAGAUGCUCGACGUGUGGCGCCGGUGUGACUGACUUGGAAGAUCUUCACCCGUCGGAUGAGCUGCACAUUUGUCGAGAGACGGAAGACUGCGGUGCCGCUUUUCUCAACGCCGCCUCACUCGCGUACCAUUCGCUGAUGGUGCACCAACUGCCUGCGCUCCAGCCUCUCGUCGACGCGGUGGCUGCCUCUGGAGACGCAGAGCAGACUCUGACACAGCUUCUUCGCCGUCUCCGCGAGCCAGACGAAAGAAAGCAGACUGUUUCCUCUAAGCAGAUCAUCCGCCCGGCCUUCCCUGCUUCUGCUGCAUCGUCCCCCAGCGCUGCUCCUUUGUCUUCGCUCGCCGGGGAGGCCGUUGGAAAUCCGCCGGCCGCACCGGCUGAUCUAGGUCAGGUGUCUGCAGUCACGUCGUCUCCACUCUCUUCUGCAGUGCCGUCGUCAGUCUCUGCCGGUGUACGUCCACCUGGUCUCCAGAGUCCGGCCGGCGACUCCAGAGAGAAGAAGACGGAGGAGCAAGGGGUGGUGCUGGCGCCUGGGGGUCUCCAGGAGACUGCUGCGCGAGCAGCGGAGAGCCGCGGAGGGCGCGACGCGGGGAUCGCCUCGGGUGUAUGGACACCUGGGAUCGGCGAGAAGGGCAGAGACGAAGGGAGAGUUCCGCAGCAGCCGAAUGUUUCCGCGGCUCCGGCGGCGAUUGAAGAAGAAGAAGACGAAGAUCUCGAGGGCGUUCUGUAGUUGAGAACGUGAGGAGAGGUCGACAGAACGUCAGCGACGAACUGCCUUCGAGGGAGAGGCACCGUCGUGGAUCGUCCUCAACAACGCUUCUGUGUCGCAGGUUGUUGAAGUGGAGAGUCACGCUCUGGAAGAACGAUCGAGUACACGGAAAUCGGUCUUGAAAUUUCCCGCGCACUCCAAACAGCAGUGUACGUACACCUGCCCACGUGGAUUGUCUGCGCAACUCACUCACGAUUCAGGUGAACAGACAGCCGAGCAGGCGGCCUAGGCGGGGGUCGUUGCUUUGCGAAUCCGAGGCGCAGAAAAAGACAGUGUCCUUUUCGACGAGAGGUUUUUUUCGUGACUGCGAACAUGGUUCGGCGUCUCAGUCUCGUUGUGUGGAAGUCACCGUUUUGGGAGGCGACAGAUGGAAUGCGAGAACAGCAGAUGUUUUUAGCUGGUGAGUGCGAGUGUACAGGGAACCAGCGUCUGUUUCUCGCCUGCUUUUCGGGACAGCUUGUCAAAAAGCGCCUCCAAGAACUCUGCCGGGCUCCUCGGAGAGGUGUCGAGAUUCAGCA